AUGUCAGAUAAUCUGAAGCAUCCUCUCGACUCUACAGCUUUUGAAGAAUCCCUCGAGAGACUCUCAAAAGUUGCGAAAAUCGAAGGAUUCAGUGACGAAGAAGAGGAAGAGAAAGCAGAAGCAGAGCAACGACAAGGCUCGAUGAUCCCAGGAAACGCUAGAGUGCAGCGUUACUUGGUAGCAAUUGAGUAUAUCGGAACGCGUUUCUCCGGGUCACAACAGCAGGCUACGGACCGCACCGUCGCCGGCGUCUUGCAGGAGGCUUUUCAUAAGUUUAUUGGUCAGCCAGUUAAGAUCUUGUGCUCUAGUCGAACGGAUGCAGGAGUGCAUGCACUAUCAAAUGUUUGCCAUGUAGAUGUGGAACGCAUCAGUAAAAGAAAGCCCGGUGAAGUGUUACCACCUCACGAACCCGCUGUGGUCCAGAAAGCUGUUAACCAUUUUUUACAGAAAAAUGAGGGCGAUGUUAUGGUGAUUGAUGUCCGGUGUGUUCCAAAUAAUUAUCAUGCCAGAUAUAAGGCCCGGGAGCGCACAUACUUCUAUCGCUUGCUAUCGGGGUCUGAUCCUUUAUCCAUCCUGGAGAAAGACCGUGCCUGGCAUGUUCCUGAGGAGCUUAAUCUUCGCUCUAUGCAGGAAGCAUGCAGAGUUCUUGUUGGAUCUCAUGAUUUUAGCUCCUUCAGGGCAGCUGGUUGCCAGGCAAAGUCACCUGUGAGAUGUUUAGAUGAACUAAAUGUCACUGAGGUACCAUCAACUCCGUAUUUUCCAUCUAUCACGGAAAGGACGUGGAAUAGCUCAAACAACGGAGACGCUCUCACAUGUUCCAGUCAAGCCGAGAGUGAAGUUUCUACAAACGCUGGCGCGUUGGUGGGGUCUACCAUUGGUGACAGUUUUGGUAUGAGGAGACGACACCGCUGCUAUGUAGUAACAGCCCGUGGCCGCGCAUUUCUUUACCACCAGGUUCGUCUGCUUGUAGGAGCGCUUAAAUGUGUAGGCACUGGAGAGUUGACGGUGGCAGACGUUGAACGAAUCCUAGAGGCGAAGACAGUGAGUGCAGCCAAACCCAUGGCUCCUGCAGCUGGUCUGUAUCUCGCGCGUGUCAAGUAUGAAUUUCCGUGA